AUGGACGGGGCCCAUAUCGCCGCCGCCUCGCCGGAGGCCGGCGGGGCGUCCUCGUCGGCGUCGUCCGCCUCGUCUUACGGCGGCUCGGCGUCCGGGCGCUCCUGGCUGCGGAAGGGGGUGCACCUGCGGCGGCGGCGGCGGCGGGUGGUGGCCGUUAAGGGAGGGGAGAGAGCCGGUGGCGGCGAUGUGCAGGAUCUCGCGCUGCCUCUCGGGAUGUCCUUCGCCGCGGUGCUUGCCCAGGUUCUAAAUAGAUGCAGUGGUUCUGAAGGAAGAUUAGGACCUGAUGUCCUCUCAAAGAUGUGUACCUCGGCAGUGAAGGAGUCCUUAACAAAUAUUUAUGGUGACAAAUUUCAGAGUUUCAUGAGUAACUUUGAGAAAGCUUUUGGUAGUACACUGAGAACCAUUCACCUUAUCAAUGAAACACCUGUCUAUGAGCAAGAUAUGGCGCAAUGUUCUUACAGAGAUGGUAAUUCUGUACCUGAUGAAAUCAAGUUGGGUGGUGCUGAUUCAUUACCUGAAAUAAAGUUGGGUGGUGCUGAUUCACAAAGUCAGAUACAUGAUGUCCACCAGAUUGACAUGCCCCCGAGUUCCAUGAAUAAUCAGAUUGUUCUUCAUGCGGGCGUCAAUCAUCAGCUGGUUCACCUUACUCGUAGCAGAUCUAAUCCAGAAAUUGAUCAGCACAUCCUUAGUGUAUUUGAGAGAUCUCUGAAUGAGCAAGCUCGUUCAAAUGAGCUCAAGGAGCUUGAAAUAGGACUCACUAUGAGAAAAUUGCAAUUGAGCCGAUCUCAGUUAGCUCUGAGCUCCGAUUCACACAUGUUAGAGAAGAUCAAAGUUCGGAUGGGAUUUCAAAAAGCCUCUUUCAAAGAGAAGAAAUUCAAGACUGAAAUGGAGGAUACAAAACAUGCAGAACUUUUCAGGAAACUUAUAGAUAUGCUUCUUACGGCAGUGGUACUCAUGUCUGUCUGUUUUGGAUAUGGAACAUAUAUUUACUCGUACCAGCGGAUAACUGCUGCUACUUCAGCCUGUGCAGCAAUUUCAAGGGAGUAUACAUCUUGGUGGAUGCCAAGUUCAGUGUCAGCAUUCAACUCUGGUUUGUUGCUUUUCAAAUGCCAUAUGAUAGCAGCAACAAGGAUAUUCUUUGGAAUUUUGAUGCUCCUAUUAAUUGGUUGGUUGAUAUUCCAGCGUUCUGCAAUGACUGGACCAAACAUGCCAGUAACAUUCAAUGUUAUGAUAUUGGGAGUUCUUUGUGGUUAUUUUGGAAGCCGUUGUGUCGACACACUGGGCGGGGAUGGAAAUGUAUGGCUUAUAUACUGGGAGGCCCUUUGCUCCAUCCAUUUACUUGGAAACAUUUGGCCAUCUCUUUUACAUCGCAUGCUCUAUGGUCCUAUUUCUGUGACUCACAGGACCAAGGCUGUUCAUUUACCAUAUUGGGCCCGCCGAUACACAUUUUAUGUUUUGGUGUCACUUAUUCUGCCAUGCUUGGCUGGUUUGCUGCCAUUUGCAUCUCUGUCAGACUGGAAAGAUCUUGCAGUUCAACAUUUGAAGUCCAGAUUCAGUGGAAGUAACAUUGAGGAUUGA